UGCUCCCAUUCAACGAUAGAUUCGUUUCUUCAUCUUGUUGGGGCUUGCGCGAAGGCGACGACGACCAUGGCGCCUGCCAGACCAGGGAAACCCGUGAGAAGAAAUAUCGAGACUAACCUCAUUGAGAUGGAUUUGGACGAUGACGAUGAGGAAGAUCCCAACAUUGGCGAAGACAUGCUUCUAAGUCCAGAGGAGAUCAAGAUCUUAGGCGAUAGAGGAUUUGACACCGUUGUAGAACGGCUUAAAGUGCAACUCACUGCCAAAACUUCGAGAAUCGAGCACUUGAAAGACGUGAUCGCGCAGCUCGAGAGUGAUGUUGAAAAGGCCAGGAAGCUCAUUCCCAAACAAGACAUAUCAAAGAGCGUGCUGCUAGACAAGGAGCGUUCGCGGUGGCGUAUACGGAAACUGCAAGGCGAGGUCACUACACUGAGCUCGCAAGUCCGCUACUUCAAGGGUGAGAAUGAGAAGCAGCAAGCGGAGGAACACGGCAACGAACAGCGGAUCGAACACCUGCAGGAGGAGCUCGAUAAAGAACGAGAUCGCGUCCAGAAGAUGUCCAUCGAGCUCGCAGCUUGUAGAAGAAGGGAGGCGGAGCACAGGAACCUCUUAGUGGAGGUGAAAACGUUGCGAGCCGAGAAGAACAGGCAAGAACACGAGCGCCGGAGCACCGCUUACAUUCUCAAAGUCAACAAGAUGCAACGGGCAGAACACAUGAGGCUCUUCCGACGAGAAGUGCCAGGCCUCAACGAUCUCAGCGAUACUUUUCCAUAUGGAAAGCGUGUUCGUCGAAAGGUGACACUGGCGAGACCGAGCUCCGCGGCGUCGGAAAAGAGAAAGAUUUCGAUCGCAAGAACAGUCGAUGGCUCUUCCAUUGAAUCUUUACGAGAACAGCAGGAGAAACAAGCAAGACCCGAGUUGCCAUGCCCGUUGCUUCUCCCGAGACAAAUCGACAGCAUGUCUGCCUCAAAGAAAUCCCAUGCAACGCGACCUCUUGCGUUGCUCAUUCCGAAAUGCGGCAUAGAAAUCAAGCAGGUGCCUGUGUUGAUCACAAGGAGGAGGAGCUCAGUGAAAUUCUCCCGAGAGGAAAAUCCAAAGCUCACAGUGCUUCUCCCGGGAAAAGUCGCGAAACAGCUUGGACAGCCAGAGCUUGUAUCCUACGACACGGUCUUCAACCGGCAAGCAGGGAACAGGGAUCAGACCAUUAAGCUGCUCCUUCCAAGGCAAUCAAAACAGAGCCAGUUCCAGGAAGAACAGAACGAAGAGCUUAGGCCCGACGUCCAACCGUGUGAUCAACCGACGCGAGCUCUGAUUGAGAAGUACGAGAGGGACGAACUGGAGACGAAACAGGAGAUGAAGCAGCUGCGAAUGAACCUCGGAAUGAAAAUGCAGACGAUAAAAAACAUGAGCACUCAGCUGGCCAAGAGGGACGAGGAAAUCAAGGCAUUACAGGCACUAGCAGGCUCGCCGCUUCCAAGGCCAAGCACUCCCGAUCCAAACGACGAAAGCGACGAAGAAGAGCGGGACUACAAUCAGCACUACAUAAAGCAGCUGCAAAUGGACUCGUCCCUCAAAGCCCAGGUUGUCAAAAACUUGACCCUCCAACUCCAGAGGAGGGACGAAGAACUCAAGCAGUUCCAGAGCUCUGAAGGCGUGUCAAUGCCGAGAGCGUUCAGAGACUCGUCCCAAAGCAACAACGCCCAGCAAGUGAUAAAACAACUCCAAGUGGAGCUGGGGAUCAAACUGGACGCGAUAAGAAACUUGAACGACCAACUCGACAAGAGGGACCACGAGAUCAGCCUCCUCCACAGGCAGCUCGAAGUAACAAACGAGAAGAAAAAGACAUGGAAUGUCUGGGAGAACAGAUGUUACGAGGAACCAGUGAAACAGACUCCAGCAAGCGCAAACUCGCUUGACCUUCGGAAAAGGAUUGUAGAGCUCGAGAUGGACUUGAGAGCCGCCAGAACCGAAGCCGACAAGCUCAGAGCCACCGCUGAUCCAGAGUUUCUUGAAGAAAUCGAGCGCGUCAGGACGGAAAACCAAGAACUUAAUCAGUUGUGUGAGCGCUAUGAGAAGAUGCUGCAUUCUUACUGUGGCCAACUCGGCGUCCCGUUCAAACCUCUCAGGAGCGAAGGACUGAGGUGAGCUCACGCUCCCUUAUCUUAGUAUAGCAAACAUAUUGUUUUGAGAAUCCAUCCUAGCUGACUUUGAGAGA